AUGGUACCGGAUGAAGGAAACCAGAGCUCUGUGACCACAUUCAUCCUGCUGGGCUUCUCAGAGUAUCCACAGCUCCAGGCUCCCCUCUUCCUGCUGUUCCUGGCCAUCUACACAGUCACUAUGCUGGGGAACUGGUGCAUAAUUGUGGUUGUAAGAGUCAACCCCAAACUUCAUACACCUAUGUACUUUUUUCUUGGCCAUCUGUCCCUUUUGGAUUUCUGUUAUUCCAAUGUAUUUACACCAAAACUUCUGGAGACCUUGGUAGUGGAAGACAGAACUAUCUCCAUCAGUGGCUGCAUGACACAGUUUUUCUUUGGCUGUGCCUUCGUGAUCGUAGAAAUGUUCAUGUUAGCGGUGAUGGCCUAUGACCGGUUUGUGGCUGUGUGCAACCCUCUACUCUACACAGUUGCCAUGUCUCACAAGCUCUGUGCUCUCCUGGUCGCUGGGACUUACGUAUGUGGAGGACUCUGUUCCCUGACACUCACAUAUACUCUUCUGGAACUUUCCUACUGUGGACCUAACAUCAUAGAUCACUUUGGCUGUGAGUACUCUGCCAUCCUCUCUCUGGCUUGCUCUGACCCUUCUUUCAGCCAGAUGGCCUGUUUAGUCAUUUCUAUAUUCAGUGAAGCUUGUAGCCUCCUGGUCAUCCUGGCCUCCUACGUCUUCAUAGUCGUCACUAUUCUUAAGAUGCCUUCCACAGAGGGACUGCGGAAGGCCUUCUCCACCUGUGCUUCUCACUUGACUGCCAUCACCAUCUUCCAUGGGACCGUCCUUCUUCUCUACUGUGUGCCCAACUCCAACAGCUCAUGGCUCCUUGUCAAGGUGGCCACUGUGUUUUUUACAGUUGUGAUUCCGAUGCUGAAUCCCCUUAUCUACAGCCUUAGGAACAAAGACGUGAAAGAGACAGUCAGGAGCUUAAUCACCUCCAGACUUCAUUGUCCCUCAAUAUAA